AUGUCAUCCGAUCACAAGCAAGUUGCAGAUCUCCAUUUCUUCUUCUUCUUCUUCUUCUUCUUCUUCAAAUUCACCCUCUUCACUGCAAAUUUACUUCUAAAAAUUCCCCUUUUAAUUUUCUUCCAUUUUCAACUACUCAAUUACCCCUGGCCGAAAUUGGCUAUUGACGGCGAUGGGAAUGGGCGCCGUUGGCUCAGGGGGCGGCGAUUUGGGGUGGUGUCGGAGAGGUGGCGUUCUGCCUCCCCGUCAAGGUGCGGUCGUUUCUUCGCGGCUGCGACGGCGAGGACGGCUGGAGAUCGAUCGCCGACGCUAGGGCUGCAGCGGAUCGCGACUUUCCUCGACCUGGUGCGGCUGAGACUUGUGGCAUCUCGAACGGCUCUCCGGCGCGGUGCUGUUCGUAUGCGGGGCCUUCGCCGGUGGUCUCGUCAACGGGAGAAAAGUGUUCGCGAUGGGCUGCUCGGAGGCUAUCUCAAACAAAUUUACCCGGUUACGGAAACUGAGUCCUAUUCCAGUAGAAAGAGUCAAAAAAAGGAAGAGUCAACAUAA